CCUUCGCGUUGCGCCCGUUACUUUCAGAUUCUAACAGGCUACCACCGACAGAAUCAAAUGCGAUUUCGCACUGCAAUUGAAAAUCCUACGACUUUCUUCAAGAUCGUUCAGGCCGUAGAGAAACUUCAGAAAAAAUGUGUCAUAAGGUUCACAGAAGAAAACAUCCACAUAAUUUGUGCUAGUGAGGCAAAUGAAGGUGGGAUGCAGGUCUGGUCGCAAUUCAAGAUUGAUUCACUAUUCAACGAAUAUCGCAUCCAGUCCAAUAAUAACAACGAGAUAACCAUGAAUAUAUCAGCCGAAGCUCUCUCUGCGGCACUCAAAUCUUGUGCUCCGAGUGUCAGUAAAACUUACGAUACCGAAGAGGUCGUGAUGAAGCUUGCGAAAAAGAGCGACCAGGCUGUGUUAAGUUUCGAGAUUGUUGGCAAAACGUCCGUAGGAAGAAGAGUUCGAGUAACGCAUGAUGUGAGGAUCGAAGUGCUAAAGGCGAUCGAUGUGGAAAAGCUUCGCGAACCUAUGUGCCCAGAACCUGAUAUACAUGUACUCUUGCCGCAAUUGUACAAGUUGAGGACGAUAGUUGACAAACUCAAGCCGAUGUCGGAAAUUCUCUCCAUCAAAGCAAGCAACAACGGGUUGUUCCGAAUAUCAAUCAACACCGAAAGCGUUAAGGUCGAAACAGAAUGGAGGAACCUUACCAACCCGAAGAUGGCCCGCGAGGAAUCAUCACAAAACGCUGAAGAACCACAAAAUUCCCCACCCGAUCCCGAUCAAACGUUUGGGGUGUUGGUCUCGAUGCGCAGUUUUGCGAAGUUUCUCAAUAGUCAUGCUAUCUCAACGACAACGAUUGCGUGUAUGUCUUUCAUUACCCAGUAUAUAAGUAUUCAGAUAACAAAAGGUGUUUUCUAGGUAUCUGCAAUAAACAUUGCCUCAUCCUUUAUGUCUAUAUCGGAGAUGUGGCUGAAGCUGGAGGAGUUCUAACCUUCUAUCUUCCUGCGGUCAUCGAUGAUGAAGCUUGAAGACUGACUCGCUUUUUCCGCUCUGCUACCGGACUACCCACACGUUCUCUCGCGAUUGUAUCAUCACAAAGUGUAUCCUUAAAUUUAUACUGCUCAAUAUAACUUUGCUCGUCUUUGCGAGGUCCG